AUGAGGGUUUUCACCACUCGACAGUCCAGGAUUUCCUGGCUGUCUUUGACUGUCCUGGCAGCAUUCUUCCUCUUUCUCGGCCUCGGCCACGGACAUCCAGCUUCCGGCGGCCACCUCAACCAACUGGCCGAACGCGGCGGCAGCAGCUCCAAGCCCGGCAAGGCCCCGAAGCCCGGCAAGGCUCCCAAGCCCGGCAAGGGUCCAAGCGGUGGCGAGUCGUCCACCGCGCCUCCCCCCGCGAGCUACCCCAAGGGAAAGAAGGUUGGCUUCAAGAAGACCGUGGACAGACUUCCCCCCUUCAAGCAGGAAGGCGAGCCGCUGGUCGCCUACCGCGGCGAGACCCGAGAGCCCGAGGCCAUCGAGGUGGCAGAGGGCUUCUUCCCCCGCGCCCCUACCCGGGCCAUCAACCCCGAGGAGGCGGAGCUGGGCAGCAGCAUCUACGGCCACGUCGCGGUCAAGGUCGCCAAGGAGUACACCGGCUACGUGUCGACGUCCAUGGACGCCGGCGCCGCCAGCGACUUUGGCAGGUCCUCGGGCUACGUCUACGUCAUCGCUCCCGACCCGAAGCUCAUCAACGUCCCCGAGACGCUCGGAAAGUUCAUGCCCCCCGAGUUCGCCAAGGAGGCGGAGCUCGCGGCGGCGGGCAGCAUCCCGUUCGAGCAGAUCCGCGGCUGGAUCAAGAAGGACGCCACACUCCGACCGGGCGACUGGCUGAACCUGCGCCGGCACGGGCACAAGCUCAACGGCGAACCCGUCUCCGAGGCGCUGCGCCAGGAGCUCGGCCGGGGCAUGUCCGACGCGUACACGCCCAACCCCAAGUACGAGGCCGCCAAGUACCAGAACACAAAGGCGAGCGGCGGCCGUCCGGAGCUAGCCGGUUUCCCCAAGGACAGCCCGGCCUGGAACGAGGCGCCGUGGAAGGCGCACAAGAACACCAAGACCUCGGAGAGCCUCAAGAAGUUCGUGAGCGAGAUGGUCUGCGCCAAGGCGGAGGCCUGCGUCAAGCUGCAGACGACGACCAAGGCCGGUGCUGACGGCGUGCCGAACCCCUACGAGGACGUGGACCCCCCGUGCAACCCCAAGGAGACAGAUCUCAAGAAGAGAGCCGAGGGCGAGGGUGAGGUAUGCAUCCUGGGAGCUGACGAGGACGAGGAAGAGUUCAACGGUCGCCAGACAGAAGAGGAAGGGAACGGAUCCUCCGAGGAAGGAACCGGAUCUUCCGAGGAGGGCGCUGGACUCGAGGAGGGCACUGGACUUGAGGAGAGUAUCGGCGGUAAAGCCGGUGAGAAGGUGGAGGUGGCCCGCAAGGCCUCGGAGGAAGUUUUCGAGGACCUCUUCACCUCUCGCAAGCUGAGCGAAAAGGCCGCCGAAUGGGGGCUGACCAAGGUCAAGGAUGCGCGUACCCGGGCCCUGGGCUACAAGCCGCUCACGGAGCAGUCGCCGCACUUUUCCAUCUCCAAGGUCGGGCUGGCUCUCGAGGGUGCCGGUCUCUUCGCCUGGGGUGUCGGAAUCGCUGACGCCUUCACUUCCAACAGCACGGGCUGGCAGAAGGCCGCGGCCCUGUCUGCCCUCAUUCCCUUCCUCGGCUGCGGAUUCAACGCCAUUGCUGAGUCCAAGACCAAGCAAGGCAUCGACAUCAUUGACCAGAUGAUGUGCAUCACGGCCGACAUCUUGAUGGUCACCCCGCUUGCGCCCUUUGCCUUUGUGGUUCAGGCUUUCCGCAUGAUCGCCGGCCUGUUCAAGACGGACGCGGUCCCCGAGCCGACCGAGGUGCAGGAAACUCGCGACGCAGCAUGGAGAAAGCUUCUUGACGACCGGGUCUACACGUACUACUACUCGGAGAGCUCGCUGGCGCCGCGCAACAGGAGAUUCCGAGACAAGCUGAACGGUACCAUGCUUCAGGACAGCAUGGCUGUUCUGUCCGACGCCGCCGACCUUAUCGCGGCCGCCAAGGCAACCGUGCAAGAUGCUGCUAAGACGAACACCAAGGCGGACAACAAGCAGAUCGACGCCGUGCUCUUGAACGUCACCGAUCAGAUCAAGGCGGAGAUCACGCCCAAGAUUGUCAGCAGGCAGCGAGAAUUUCUGCUGCAGCUGCCCCAGCGCAUCAAGCAGGGGACGGAUCUCUCGGUCCAGAAGAUGGCGGAGGAGUUCAACAAGGAAACCAUCGCCCACUUCCAGUCCAGCGAAACUAUCUAUCACUACACGCCCACCCCCCCUACGGGCAACGACCUGAGGCCAGCUACCAUCCGCGACCUCACCAAAAUCACUGAUCAUCUGCAGAAGAAUCCGCUGCCUCUGCCUCAGCUGUUCGACAUCGCCUAUGUCCUCGGGCAGUCCCAGGGCAUGCUGGACAUUGAGAAGCUGACGCUGCACCCCGGCGAGUUCAUCAAGUCGCGCGUGCCCGACAUGAAGCAGGAUGACGUCGACUUUUACGCGCUGCACCACACGCUGCAGAUGUCCAUGCUCCUCCGCGGCAGCACCACCGAGGAGAAGAUGUCCAAGCUCUGGCCGACCUCGGACGACAAGGCCGUCAAGGAGCUGCAGGUGCUCCUGGCGCUCAAGUUUGGCCGCGUCUUCGACUCGCAGAAGCACAUCAGGGCCGCGCAGCUGGAGGGCGACGUGCCGACCAAGGCGGAGGAGAAGUUCAUGACGCACCCGAGCAUCCCGCCGCUCAAGAUCGCGCCCGAGUCGAUGGCGUACAUUGGCCUGAUCCUGGAGCUCAGCGAGGAGCGCAUCAAGGCAAUCCCGAGACACAACGAGGUGGUGGGCUUCAAGGAGCUGGGCACCGACGAGAAGCUGAUCAUGGCGAUGCUGAGGAAGGCGAAGCAGCUGUUUGUCGAGAAGCAGGAGAAGUUUGACAAGAUUCCUGACGAGGGCCAGGCCGCCAAGGCUGCGUAA